AUGGCAUACUGUCCUCCUUGCUGUUGUCUAGAUCAUAUGAGAGAUAAACACGAUCUGAAACAUGCCUGUUGUCGUACUACUCUUGCUGAAAUUAUUAAUGGGCAAAUACAUGAUUGUUCGAACACAGUUCGUUGUACCCAAUAUGAUGGUCAUCAUUAUCCGUCAUAUUGUGCAUGUGAAAAAGUGAUUAAAUAUUCAUCUGAUUUAAAAGAACAAGAUAGUAAGGCAACAUUUGCAGGAAAACCACAUCGAUUAGUACCUCAUGAUUGUGCACAAACAGGGUAA